AUGUUACUAACGCCACAAUCAAGUGCACCACAUCGCAUACAAAACUAUCGUACAUUAGCUUAUGUUGUAACAAUUCUUGUUUAUCUUGUUAUUGGUGCAGCGAUAUUCGAUAAACUUGAAUCAACAGAAGAAUCCAUACGUCAUGCUAACUUAACAGCACGCAUUGCUUCAUUUCAACAGCAACAUAAUUUAACUGAUCAAGAUUUUAUUAAUCUUACUCGUGUUGUGGAAUAUCGGUUACGAUAUCGUAAAAAACAAUGGAAGUUUAUUGGUUCAUUUUAUUAUGUAACCGUGGUUUUAGCUUUAAUUGGUUAUGGUCAUGCUAUCCCGAAUACAUUUGCUGGACGUGCUGUUACAAUAGCCUAUGCACUAAUUGGUAUACCGAUGUGGCUUAUUAUGAUACAAAGUGUGGGUGAACGAUUGAACUCAUUGAUACGAUUUGUAUUAAAAUAUAUUAAAAGAAAAUUUCAAAAAAGAAGAGAACCACAAAUAACAGCUAUGGAAUUAUUAACAUGUGAAGCUUUAUUAGUUGUUCUAACAGUUGCUAUUGGGUCGUAUGUUUUUCAUCAAUGUGAAAAUUGGCGUUAUUUUGAUGCUUUCUAUUAUUGUUUAUUGACAUUGUGA